AUGACAUCAGAAAAGAAAAGAGUAUUAAUAAUUGGUGGUGGUUAUGGUGGUUGUGAAGUUGCAAAACAAUUAGAUUCAAAAUUUAAUGUAACUGUAGUUGAAAGAAAACAAACAUUUUUCCAUAGUGUUGGAUCUGUUAGAGCUGUUGUUGAACCAGAAUUAGUUAAAAAGAUUUAUAUACCAUAUGAUAAGCUAUUGAAAAAUGGUAAAUUUAUUUUUGGCACGGUUAUUGAAAUUUCACCAACUCUUGCAAAAUUAGAAGAUGGUCAAGAAUUAACAUUUGAUUAUUUAGUAAUUGCAACUGGUUCAAAUUCAUUGGCACCAUUUAAAGCACCAUUAGAAAAGAAAAGUAGUAGUGAGAUUUUAAAUUAUUUCCAAAACUUUUCACAACAAAUUAAACAAGCUAAAAGUAUAUUAAUAGUUGGUGGUGGUGCAGUUGCUUGUGAAUUGGUAUCGGAAAUCGUAGAGAAAUAUCCAGUUAAAGAUUCAGAAUUGGUAAAGAAAAUUACAAUUGUUCACAGUGGUAGUAAAUUAGUGAAUCCAAAAAUGAAUGAUAAAUUUACAAAUGUCGUUUCAAAAGCAAUGAAAAAGAGAAAUGUUGAAGUCAUAUUAAAUGAUAGAAUUACAAUGCCAGAUGAAAUUAAAGCUAACCUUUUAAAUCAAACUUCACCAAAUAUUCAAAUAUCAUCACAAAAUUAUACAACUGAAAAGGGUGUACCAAUUCAAGCAGAUUUAAUAAUUUGGACAGUUGGUAUUAAAACAAAUAGUGAAUCAUAUCAAUCACAUUUCUCAAAUGUAAUCAAUGAGUCUGGACAAUUAAAAGUAAAUUUAAGCUGUCAAGUUCAAGGAUACAAUAAUGUAUUUGCUAUUGGUGAUUGUACAGAUUUUGAUGAAUUUAAAACAGCAUAUAAUGCUGGCUAUCAUGCUGCAAUUGCAGCAAAAGCAAUCGAUGCUUUAUCUAAAGGUAAAAGUAAUGAUAAGCUUGCAAAACAUAAAGUAUCAGGUCCAAUACUUAGUCUUUCAUUAGGUCCUCAAGAUGGUAUAACUCAAAUCAGUCCAACUAUGUGUCUUGGUUCUUUUGCUACAAAAAUGAUAAAAUCAAAAUCAUUAUUUAUUGAUCGUUAUAUUUCUCAAUUAAAUAAUCCAAAACCUUUAAUCCAAUAA